AUAGAGCAAUUCUCGCUUCCAUAGCGAUAAACAAGCAUCAAAUCAAACAAACAAAAUCAGUACAAAAAAAAGGUCAACUCCCAUAAGAAUGCAGCAACAACCCCCACCCCCCACCCCCGAUUCCGAUCUCCCCCGUCUCGCUAACAUCAAAAUAAAAUCAUCUUCUCCACGUUUUCCCCCACCCACUACCCCUUCCACCACCGAUACCCCUACCGCCGGAGCUCAGCGGAGGAUCGGAAUAGCCGUCGAUCUAAGCGACGAGUCUGCUUUCGCCGUUAAGUGGGCUGUGAAUCAGUACCUCCGUCCUGGUGACGCUGUUAUCCUUGUUCACGUCCGUCCAACUUCCGUACUCUACGGUGCUGAUUGGGGAUCUGUUGAUCUAUCUAUUGUUGAUACUGAGAAUGAGGAGAGUCAGAGGAAGCUUGAGGAUGAAUUCGAUACGUUUACUACUACUAAAGCGUCUGAUCUAGCUCAGCCUUUGGUUGAUGCUCAGAUUCCGUUUAAGAUCCAUAUUGUUAAGGAUCAUGAUAUGAGGGAGAGGUUGUGUCUUGAGGUUGAGAGGUUAGGGCUUAGUGCUGUUAUUAUGGGGAGUCGAGGAUUUGGAGCUACUAAGAGGGGAAGUGAUGGAAGACUUGGGAGUGUUAGUGAUUAUUGUGUUAGGCACUGUGUUUGUCCUGUUGUGGUUGUUAGGUAUCCCGAUGAUAAGGAUGGUGGAAAUGCUGUUGUAGAGCCGGUGGUUUCUGUUGCUUCAGCUGCUGAAGAAGAUGAGGAGGAUGCUGAGUACCAUGAUGCUUCUGAGGAUCGAAAAGAGUCAUAAUGAAGGUGGACGAGGUCUUCCUUUGGUUUGCACUUGUAUUGACCAGCUUCCCCGAGAACCAGUAGGCCCUUUGUGACGUCUGGAGUCAUUUUAUGUAUAUGAACUGUUGUAGCUCUUGUCUCUUUCAACAUCAACUUAUUAUGGUCUCUUCUUGAUGAUUGUAUCUGUUAUGAUUAUCAUCUUCACAAUAUUGUUACUUGAUU